AUGGCUUACAAGCUGAUCGUCCUCGCCGCCGUGGCGGCCGUGGCACACGCCGGGUACCUGGGCGCGCCCGCUAUCGUCGCUCCCGGUGCCGCCUUCGCCGCGCCCGCCUACGCCGCCCCCACCAUCGACGCCGCCCCCAUCAGCAGCUACGGCCCGGCCAUUGCCGCUGCCCCAGUUGGCAGCUACGCCCCCGCCUUUGUCGCCGCCCCCGUCGCCAGGUUCGCCCAGGCCGUCGCUGCUGCCCCCGCCGUCAGAGCUGCCCCCGCCCCCGCCCCCGUCGCCGCCGCUGCGCCUGCUACCAUCGCCACAGAGUACGACCCCAAUCCCCAGUACAGCUACGGCUACAGCGUGUCUGACUCCAUCACCGGAGACUCCAAGAACCAGCAGGAGACCCGCAACGGCGACGUCGUCCAGGGCAGCUACAGCCUGGCCGAGCCGGACGGCUCCAUCCGCACCGUCGACUACACCGCCGAUCCGGUCAACGGCUUCAACGCCGUCGUGCACCGCCAGCCGGGCACCCACCCCGCC